AUGGCUGAGGCCAUCACCAUCCCUUCGCCUUCUGUCUUCCUCCGAGCGAGCCCGCCCCCGCCAAACGACCCUCCUGCGUCCUCCCAGCCCAACGCGCCCAAGCAGCCCAAUGGCCGCCGUCCUGGAUCGGCGGAAGGGAAGAAAAAGGCUGCUCCUCGCAAGCCCGGCGCAUCGGCGUUGAGCAGUGGUGGUGGUGGGAGCGGCGGUGGUGGUGCGGCGGACGGCGCUGCCGUCAUCAAACCGAAGCAGAGCAAGAGCCGCAACGGGUGCUUGACGUGCAAAGCGAAGCGAUUGAAAUGCGGUGAAGAGAAGCCCGGGUGCCAGCAGUGCGCGAGACGCAACGUGGUGUGUGGAGGGUACAGGAAGGACUAUAAGUGGCGGCCGUUCGAAGAGACCAACGUCAAGCAACAUAUUGAGCGGCAUAAGAGAGGACUCUCACCAAAGCAGUCAGCGGUAUCAGGACAAUCUUCCAAAGCGGGCUCGCCAGAACUGGGUGGCUCGAAGCCCAUCGUAGAUCCACCUCGUAGCGACGAUGCGAACAAGAAGCGGGAUAGCGUCCUGAACGAAGGCAGCCCUCAACCACGCGCUGUGGAUGCGAGGCCAGCCAAAGCAAAGCGGACCCAGCCUCCUCCUUCGAACAAGAAGGGCAAGGAACCGGUUCCCUCCAUCGAGGAGGAUUUUGAGCCGCCGCAAGACCCUCGAAGUCGUACUGAGAGCCCGGAACAGGCCCAACAGCCAGCAGGAGGACCUCCAGACUUGUUGCCGGGCGCCUUGUCGCACUUUACUCCUGCACUUGGCCUUUCACCUACGCUGACUGAGAUCUUACUGCCAUUCGACCCCAGCAGCCAUCCUCACCCCGAUCUCGCCAACCUCUCGCUGCCGAGCGGGUUUCAGAACAUGAUGACGCCAAUGAAUCCCAUGCUGGACCCAGAUCUGGACGAUGAAGAGAUCAACUUUGACGAUGUUGUAGAAAUCGACUCCGACGGCGAGCCUAUGAACAACCAGCAAAUGGCAGUGCGUUCGAGGAGAGCCCAAACGAUGCCCCUCGCGUCUACAGGCUCGCCGGACGAUGGGAUGAGUCCAACGAUGAACUACAUCUACCCGCAGCCAUUCGUGGCGGAAGGCAGCCCAGAGAUGCUUACGUUCCGCUUCGACCGUCUUACCUGCGGCAUCCUGUCUAUUAUGGACGGACCGCAUGAGAACCCGUGGCGGAUGCUGAUCUGGCCGCUGACCUCGCAGUCUCCUGGUCUAUACCAUGCUAUCUCCGCCAUGACGGCGUUCCACUCGGCGGGUGAGAUCCCAGGCCUUCGCCUCGUCGGCCACGAGCACAAGGCGGCCAGUAUCCGCUACAUUCAAGAAGGCAUCCGAGAUAAUAGUAUGGGCGACCAGACUGCCAUAGCUACUGCGCUUGCUCUGGGGUUCGCCGAGUCUUGGGACCAGCCUACCGUUACGGGCAAUACGCACAUCAAGGGCGCUCAAGCGCUUGUCCGCCGUGCCAUGCAGCGACACCGUCGCAGCCCGCUGGUGGGCGACGACCUCGCUCGACUGAAGUUCUUGAUUAAUGCCUGGGUCUACAUGGACGUCAUCGCCCGCCUCACUUGCGUCGACAGCGACGAGUCGAACGACUUUGACAACACUUUCAUCUUCUCCGACACGCCCAACGAGUGCCCCUCGAUGGUCAUGGGCAGCCCGAAUGGUGGCUUUGGAAUUGACUUCGGUAUGCCGGUAGAUGCACGUCUGGACCCGCUCAUGGGCUGCGCCAACACCCUCUUCCCACUUAUCGGCCGCGUGGCCAACCUUGUCCGCCGAGUCUGCAGAUCGACAAGCAAUUCGCCCGUAAUCAUCGACCAGGCGCAUGUUCUCAAAGUCGCACUCGAAGCCUGGGACCCACCGGCCUUCAUCGAGCGCCCGGAGGACCCCACAACCGACGUCCAACACACCCUCCAAACCGCCGAAGCCUACCGCUGGGCCACGCUCCUGCACCUGCACUCCGCCGUCCCCGAACUCCCCUCCCUCACCAGCACCGAGCUCGCCCAGCGCGUCCUCCAAUACCUCGCCACCGUACCCCUCGCCAGCCGCACGGUCAUCGUGCAAAUCUACCCCCUCAUGGUCGCCGGCUGCGAGAUCCCCUUCGACGAAGACCGCAACUGGGUCCGCACGCGCUGGGCCGCGAUGAACCAGCGCAUGCGCAUCGGCAUCAUCGAGAAGGCCGCCACGCUCACCGAAGAAGUCUGGCGACGCAGGGAGAACUACGAGGCACAGCCGCCUUCGAAUCGGAAGUUGGUUGCGACGAAAGAGCUGCAGCCGCAGCGCGGGCGCGGGCAGCCUUUGGUGCGGAGUCCGACGGGCAGCAUGAGGCCUGGAGACCCGGGAAGGACGGGGAUGGUCUUUAGCUAUGUUGAGGGCGAUGGUGAUGGUGGGGACCAGAGCCCACCGGAUGAGGACGAGAAGAGGAGGCGUGCGAGGCAGAGGCGGUUUGGCCGGGAUCCGAGGAUGAGUAUUUCGGACCCGGCGUAUACGGUAAGAGGCCAUUUGCACUGGGUGGGUGUGAUGUGGGAUUGGGGGUGGGAGAGUCGGCUGUCGCAGUGA